UUCAACUAAGAAAAAACUCUCUUUCUCCUCUGUUUCAUCAAACUCUUCAUCAGUGCUUCUUAUUUUCUUCAAAGCUUCAAAUUUCUUUUUUUCCUUCUUGCAAUGGCAAAAUCGAAGAAAAUUUCUACAGGUCAAAUAUUUGGUUGUGAGAGUCUCCUUGGGUGCAUUUUCCAGAGCUGGAGCCCUCGCCGUCGAAAACCCUCUUUACCGGAAAAGGAUCAUCGGGCAAAAGAUAACUUGUCUUCCAAGUCAUCAACAACCGUUACAAACCCUAAAAUCCUCCCAAGAAAAUCCACCGAUACUUCUUCUCAACCAAAGAAAUCUGACUCCCAGAAACCCCAACAAAAGCCAAAACCAGAUGAGAAUCACCCGCGAAAAUCAUCGGAAUCCGCCAGAAAAUCAUCUGAUUCCGCAAGAAAAUCGAUUUCGUCAGGCUCAUCAAGAACAGAGAGCAAGAGAUUCUCACUUAACGGCGUUAUGGGAAACAUCAUCGUGAAACCACAGCCAGCCGUUAAAACUGACGUGACACAGACGAAAAGUCGGUGGGAGGGUAAACCGGUAAAUCACAGACUCGAUCCAGAGACUCUGAAGAAAAUGGGAAACGAAGAGUAUUGUCGUGGGAGGUUUGGACAAGCUCUCGUGUUUUACGAGAGAGCCAUUUCAGCUGACCCCAAAACGCCGACGUAUUGGUCUAACAAAUCCGCCGCUUUGAUCAGUCUCGGUCGUCUUCUUGAAGCUUCUGAUGCUUGUGAAGAAGCUUUAAGACUAAACCCAACUUACGAGAGAGCUCAUCAGAGACUAGCUUCCCUCCAACUCAGAUUGGGUGAGGUUGAGAAAGCUUUGUGUCACUAUAAUGAAGCUGGAAAAUAUACAGAGACAAAACAUAUUGAACAAGUUGAAGAUGUUGUUAAAUGCUUAAGGAGGUGUGACGAAGCUCGAAGAUCAAAGGAAUGGAAUGUUGCAUUGAAAGAGACUCUUUUUGCGAUAUCAUAUGGAGCAGAUUCUUCUCCUCGGGUCUAUGCACUCCAAACCGAGGCUUUAUUGCAUCUUCAGCGACACGAGGAAGCAUACAGCGUGUAUCAGAAAGGAACAAAACGCUUCGACAUCGAUAGUUUCAUAAAGAUUUUUGGUCUUUCCCUCACUUCUUACCUCUUGAUGGUCGGAGCUCAGGUCUACAUAGCAGUAGGAAGGUUUGAAGAUGCAGUAACGGCGUCAAGGCAAGCGGCUCGACUUGAUCCAAGCAGCGAAGAAGUAAACGCGGUGGCUAGAAAAGCGAGAGCGGUUGCUUCUGCAAGACUGAGUGGAAAUUUGCUUUUCAACGCAUCAAAAUUUGAAGGGGCUAGCGUGGUUUACACGGAAGGACUUGAGAACGAUCCAUAUAAUGCUCUCUUGCUCUGUAACAGAGCUGCUUCAAGAUUCAAGCUUGAUCUGUUCGAGAAAGCUAUUGAAGAUUGCACAUUGGCUCUCAGUCUCCAGCCAUCGUACCGGAAGGCGAGGCGGCGCAGGGCAGAUUCUUAUGCCAAGGUAUUCAAAAGCUUAAUUUAACCGGUCCGACCGAUUUCGAAAUGAUAUUAGUGUGGUUUUUUAAGUGUGGUGUAAUUUGUGAUGAAUGUUUUGUUUGGUUUACGCUGUGUGAGUAGUUGGAGAAAUGGCAACACGCGAUUCAAGAUUAUGAGUUGUUGAUGAUGGAGACACCUGAAGACGAAGAGACUAGAAGAGCCUUAACUGAGGUGAAUGUCCGGUUUAAGAAACAGACCGGUGGAGAUGUCCGGUUUAAAGGAGUCGGCUCGGAAUUGGUUGUGGCUAAUUGAAGUGUGAGAUUUGGCUAAGCCGAAUUGUAUAGUUUUAAAAGGAAAUUCUUAAUGAUUUAAUUUUGUAUGCGUGUUUGUUUGCCCUUUUUCUUUGUUGCUAAUUUUGUCAUUUUCUGUUUUUUAACAUCUAAAUUUUGUAUCAAACGGAAUAAUACCUCAUAAGGAAGAUAAUCAUAUAAUUCAUCUUUUUUUAAACCCAAUUUUUUUU